CAUCGCAUGAAAUUUACUCUCAACAUGAAUUCGUGAGUAACAGCAAGGGAGCCACAGUCGGUUUUUUUAUUUUUUAAUUUUCAUCCUAAAAUUAUAUAAUUCCAUACCGCGUUUCCUGUAUCCCUUUCUACCUAUUUAACUAAGUAUUCCAACCUUGCCUGUAAUGUUUCAUUCGGUCCAGCUGACCGACUAGCCUGUUAGUUAGCGAGCCAGCUAGCUAGUUAUUAUCGAUAGUUUCUUUUAGCUAGCUUGCUAGCUACUAAGCUAUCUGUAAUGUCCAUAUAACUAUCUAACAGUUAUAUUAACAUACCCUGCAGCUAGCUAGUUUAAUAAACUUAACAAAUAAAUGAUCUGGCUAGCUAUAUGGGAAUUUAAAGGGGUUAUCGAUUUCGGCUUCCUAUCUAACUUAUAGCUACCACAGUAAUUCCACAUAAUUUAUUGGCUGGCUGGCUGGCUAGCAAUCAAAGUUGUUAGCUAACCAACGUUACCUAGUCAGCUUAGCUCGCUGUGUAUCGACAGAAUGUGGCUAGCUGCCUUGCUAAUUAACUAGCUAGCCACCAGUGGUGAACGGAAUGGACACACAAACACCACAUAUACGCCCGUGAUAAAAGACAAUAUUCUUCACAGUAACUAGUCGUGUACAUGUCAGAUUGGCUAGCUAGAUAUUAAGGCAACUAAAGUUAGAUAUCAAGCUCGGCACAUUCAUAGCAGUUAGCUAAGUGUAACUGUUAGCGAGCUAGUAAUAGCUAUAUUAUUGGCCAGUGUGGGAUGUCUCCAUCUUGUGAGCUCGCUGACUAGGUGUCCAAAAGUUAAGAUAAAUUUGAUCCAUUUAGCCUUACUUGGAGUUUGUAUUGCCAUAAUUUGAUUGGCAUUUAGUGAGCUUGUUGCCACAUUCACCCUGUCAAUAGUUGGACAAUCAUUUUUGUGUCCAAGUCUUUUGACGAUCGAGCACUUGCACACACAACUUUGCAAUAGUCUAGCUUGCUAGCUGAUUAUUUAAACACACACAGGCACAUGAGAAUCACAGUAAACAAUAAAUCACAGUAAGCAGUAAUGGGUGUACAGGGGUUCCAGGAAUACUUAGAAAAGCGGUGUCCAGGUGCUGCUGUACCAGUGGACCUUUUAAAACUUGCUCGGACCGUGGCACGGCACCCGCCACACCCGCACCACUAUCACCCUCAUCACCAUCCUGGUGCUCUGCCUCCACCGCCGGCACCUCCAACACCAGUGCGAGUCUUGGUCGAUGCAGACUCCGGGCUGCAGCGCCUGUAUGGAGGCUACCAGACGGACUGGGUGUGUGGUGGCGAGUGGAAUGCGAUGUUGGGCUACCUGGGCGCGCUCUCUCAGGCAUGCCUGUACCAAGGUGGCCUGGAGCUGGUCGUGGUUUUUAACGGCACUCUGGGGAAGGACCGGUGGCCGGAGUGGGCGCGACGGGCCCAGGGUCAGAGGCAGACGGCUCAGCUCAUCGUCAACCACGUCGGCACCAAAGCCACGCCGCCACCGAGAGCCUGGUUCCUUCCCCCGGCUUGCCUUAGCCACUGUGUGCGUCUUUCCAUGCUCCGCUUCCGAGUUAGAGUUGUGCAGACACUGGAGGACCACCACCAGGAGGUGCUGUCCCUGUACAGGGAUCACGGAUUCCAGGGUUUAAUUGCCCAGGACUCAGAGUUUGCACUAUGCAACGUCCCUGCAUACUUCAGCUCCCACGCACUCAAGCUGUCCUGGAACGGCAAGAACCUGACCACUCACCAGUAUCUGCUGUCUGAGGCUGCCCGUCAGCUGGGCCUGAAGACUCAGCACCUGCCCACCUUCGCUGCUCUGCUGGGGAAUCACAUUUUGCCAGAUGAAGAUUUGGCUGCCUUCCACUGGAGUCUGCUUGGCCCAGAUCACCCUCUGGCCUCUCUGAAGAUGAAGUCUCACCAGCUGGUUCUGCCUCCGUGUGAGGUGGUGAUCAAGGCCGUGUCUGAGUACGUGGCCUCCAUCAAAGACCUGGCCAAUCUGGACUCCGUGGCCCGGGAUGUCUUCAAACAGUCUCAGUCACGCACAGAGGAUAAAAUGGCCAGAUUUAAGAAGGCAGUGGAAUAUUUCUCAGCAGCAAGUAAACCCCGCCCACUCACCAUGGGACCCCGCCCACCACACCUCUUUCCAGGUUUUGGUCCAGGUCCAUUUGGGGCUCCCCCAGGCCCCAUGGGGGUGCUGCCACCUGGAAAACCACAGGUGAUGGGAGGCAAGGUGCCUUAUCACGGACCGCCACACGGACCGCCACACGGACCUGCUUCCGCUGCAGGCCCCGCCCUUCUGUUCCAAAACCCAUCUCUGCAGGACUGUGGUGAUUCGCUGGAGGGAAAAUCGGGCUUGGCCGACUGGUCGGCUCCUUAUGAUGCCUCUCAGGGGGGAGGCAAGCUGCCCAAUCACCACACAGCUGCUGCCACGGGCCCCUCCCCCUCCCCACCAUCCUCAUCCGACGGAGAUGAACAGAACGACAACAGCACCAACCAUGUGACUGACACAGCCUCUAAAUGGGAGGAUCCAUCAGGCCGUGGGUUUGGGGCCUCCGGGGACGGUCCCCACGGCAAUAGCUCUGGCAUUCCAUCGCUGCUCUCCAUGGCAACACGGAGUCACAUGGACAUCACUACACCUCCGCUUCCCCGGGUCAGUGCUGAGGUGCUGAGGGUGGCGGAACACCGGCACAGAAGAGGGCUCAUGUACCCCAACAUCUACCACAUCCUCACUAAGGGCGAGGUGAAGAUGCCCGUGUGCAUAGAGGACGAGUGCAACCCUGACCUUCCGCCGGCCUCCCUGCUGUUCCGCUCGGGCCGCCAGUAUGCCUACGGAGUGCUGUUCAGCCUGGCCGAGACCCAGCGGAGGCUGGAGAGGGUGGCCCUGCGCCGGAGAGGCCCGCUGGAGGUGCCCCCGGUGGUGGUGAAGGAGUGGUGCCCCAGCAAGGCCAAGUCGGCGCUGACCCCGGACCUGGUGCCGGCCCUGUGCUUCCGCGAGUGGACCUGCCCCAACCUGCGGCGCCUGUGGCUGGGCCGGGCCUCCGAGGACCGCAGCCGCCGAACCCGCGCCUUCCUGGCCUGCAUGCGCUCCGACUGCCCCGCCCUGCUCAACCCGGCCUGCGUGCCCUCCCACCUGCUGCUCAUGUGCUGCGUGCUCAGGUAUAUGAUGCAGUGGCCAGGAGGCAGAAUUCUGCAGCGGCACGAGCUGGACGCCUUCCUGGCCCAAGCAGUGUCCAGCCAGCUCUACGAGACUGAGAAAUUGCAAGAGCACAAGGUGGAGAAGGUGGACAGUCGCGGGGUGCAGCUUGCGGCUCUGUUCAUGAGCGGCGUGGACACGGCCCUGUUCGUGAACGACGUGUGUGGCCAGCCCCUCCCCUGGGACCACUGCUGCCCCUGGGGCUUCUUCGACGGGAAACUGUUCCAGAGCAAACUGGCCCUGACCCGGGAGAGGGGCACGCUGCUGGACCUGUGUGAAGGGCAGGAGGAGCAGGUGUCUCGGGUGGAGAACAUGCGGCAGGCCAUCCUGGAGGGCAUCAAUCUGUCCCGCCCACCUCCCCCUCCCCCGCCCUUGCCCCCCCCAGCGUUCCUGCCCCCCUCCAUGGUGCCCCCCUUCUACCCCCCGCCUCACCUCUAUCCCCCACGGCCCCUGGGCUCCCUGCCCCCUCCACACCACCAGCACGGCUCUCAGCACAGGCCCCGCGGCUUCCCAGUGCUCAGAUACCCCCGUCUCUCUGUCUCAGGUAUUCAGCCCAUCCCCCCCCAGGGAGGAAAGUUGGAAAUAGCCGGGAUGGUUGUGGGCCAAUGGGCUGGGAACAAGCCACUGCGAGGCAGGGGGGGGUUUGAUAUGCAGGUGGUGUCAGUCGGAGGGAAAGGCAGGGGAAGAGAAAUGUCCACAAGAGGUAGGGGUGGAAAGAAGGUGCCAGUGAAUCGAGCACAGAGUCUGCCCUCUGCUGCUCCGACCAGCAGCAGCCCCCCAAAAACUCUGGAAGAUUCCCUGGUGGAAGGAAAAGCAGGGUCUGGGGAGGUGGCCGGGGGCACGUCCCAACAACUGAACGGCAGUCCACCAGCGCCCACUAUUGGUCCACCCGUGGACCCACCUCCAUUGGCCCAGCCAAUCCAAUGUGCCUUAGCCAGCAGGGACAGCCAAUCCGGGGCCAGGGCAGAGACAGAGGAACCCUGUUGCCUUGACGACUGCCAGUCAGAUGGAGUGCUCCAGAAAGAAGAGUAAAAAAUACAUCCCAUAAUGUAGGACGGUGGGAGUAAAUCCACAUUAUACUGCCUUUGCCACGCUAAAGUCCAUUCAUUAAAAAACAUAUUUGAACCUUACACAUACACACACGCACACAUUCACUCACUCACACACACACACACAAUCUACUUCUGUACAGUAUAAUACAGGAAAAUGUUGAGGGGUGUUGCACAGGAGAAGUGCGUGGUGUGGUUGUUCCAAAGAACCACACCUUAAUCAUUUAACAUCGGUGGUGAGCUGUAGUUCUGUACUGAAUUGCACUAUAUGCUGAUUGUAACUGUGUUGUACUGUACAAAAGCAUUUAAUUUCAGUUCUUGCAAAAAGACGUAGGCGAUCAAGUUUUAAGUUGACAUAUAAACAUGCAAAUCCAGAAUAGUUGCAGAGAUCCCUAGGUAUGAUUAGACUUGGAUCAUGUGUUUAGGUAUCAUAGAUGUAGGCAAGGGUCUGUAUGGCUCUCAAGGAAGGCUAUUGUUUUGCAGAGGCUACAGGAUGUAUUGAGAAGGGCAAUCUACAGGAAGUGCUGAUUCUCUCAGAGGUGGGGGUGGGGGGUACAGACAAGAGGGAACCGGAAAGCUGAGGACAGGAAGGGGAGGACCCUUAAAUGUUAUCGGUUACUUAAGUAAUAUGACUCUAAUGCCAAGAAAUGACUCUUAUCCUUAGACUGUAGCUCUGUGAGAGUCCCUGUAACCCUGACAUAAUGCUGCACAAACAAAUGAAAACGCUUCAGCUUAGCAACACCCAAUCAGUGACUGCAAAAUACUAAUCCAAAUAAAAACCCAAAAGCUAAAUUUUAUAAAUAUAGAUGCAUUUUAGGCACCUUAAGCCCCAAAAAUUAUAUGGCACAUCUAACGCACCUUUUAUUUAACAAUUGAAUGAUUGAACCUUUUCGAUAUUUUUAAAAAUGCAUGUGAAAUUGACCCAAACUCCUUAAAUGAUGUGAUAUUGAUUGUCGGUAGUGAGGCAUGCAUUCGCGUUUUUCACAGCGAAGGGAGGAGUGAGGCUUCACCGGCUCAAAAGUGGGUGGAGGUACCAUGUGAUUGCAGCUAUUAAAACCAUUCCUGACCAAUUUUGGUUGGCCGUUUUGGUGUUGGCGGCAUAUGUGAUUGGUUGGAGUGAGGCAGAGAUUGGCAGCAUGUUGUAGAUUCACCAAAGACUGGACUGGGAAGCCUCACGCGUCCGUCGCUGGGUGUGGGAGUGAGUUUAUGAGCCCAGUCCUGAGGCUGCCUGAGACUGGACUUUCUGAAUGUUAGUAGUGUUUGUUGGUGAAGCCGUGCGUGAAUGUCGGUUGGUCUUCUCUGCACGAGCGUCUGCGUCGAGUUGUAGAGAAACGUGUUGGUUAGCCGGACCGCGUAUAAACUCACAACGUGGAGAUCUGCCACAGUGUUCCUGUACAAUCCAUCCUAAUUGGAGGAUUAUACAAUGAAAACAAAAUUAUAGUUAUGCAGAUGAAUCUAAGUGGUGAGAAACACUUUAUCUUUUUUUAAUCUUUUUAUUUUAUUUUAUAUAUAUAUCAUAAGAUCCCUGGAUAUUUCCUCAGCCAGGCUAAAAUUGGAGGCUUUGACACUUGCUCCUUGAAAACCAAAAUAUGAUCUCAUCGGGGAGGGAGAGGAGGGGGGGGUGGUUUGGGGAAAUGGUAUUCUCUCUCUGGAUAUAGAAUGUAUGGUGUAGAAUACAGAUAUUUACAAAUGGAUAGGAAACGGAUGAUGAGUGAGCGGUUGUGUGUACAGAAAUGAGGGAGUGAGAAAGUAAAGGAGGGAAGAUUUUUGUGUCAGAGUGGAGAAUAUUCUUAUCGAGAAGCAAUCAAAUAUAUUUGAUAAUUAUUUGUUUUCAGGCCAUUAGAUAAAAUUUUUAAAAAAUGUUUUUUUGAAUAUAACUUUAAACAAUGACGCAUCAAGCAAGCCUACAUUGAAGCACCUUACAUGUAGAAAUGUUAACAUUUUAAAGUCACCACAAAAUAUAUUUCUAUAAAAUGUCUUCUGAUAGGAAUUCUUUAUAUUUAAGUGCUUAUAUAUCGUUUAUUAAUUCUUGUUGUGUUACCCCAAAUUUAAUUGGAAAGUUACACUGAAUCACUUUAUUGGCCCUUCUGAUGAAAUCACCUUAUAAACAUUACCAAAAUGACCUGAAACAAGAACCACAGCGAAGCAACGGUUUGCAUCUCUCCAAACUGCUCUGUCAGCCAUAGCUUGGCUGUGGUGUACACAAGCAUUUAAUUUUUUUUUUACUCCCACUUGUUCAUCUCUCGGCUAAAGACUUCAGGUUCCUGAGUCUGAGUUGUGGAGUAUUGAACAUGUCGGCUCUGACAGGACUUUAGUGCAGCGAGUUGCUCUUGAAGAACUCCUGCUGGACCAGUCAGGGCUAAAAUAUGCUGUGCUUUUACCAGUCCUUAUAAAGCAGGCUGGACUGACUGUAACUGUAUUGGUCUAGACCAUGACAGUGAUAUAAAUAUUGUAUUUCCAUAAGUACAGUCAGCACAGCGCAGGAUUUAAAGGGUACGUUAGUAUAUAUUAAUCUCAAGCGACAUUAGCUGCUUGCGCACCUACACGCACACCCGCGCUCGCACACGCUCACACCGUUUCCGCACACGCAGACGUGAAUACGCCCCUUCUCCGCUUAUUCCCCGCAGUGUUUGUGUACAGUUUCAGUCAGUCGUCAUGGUGAUUGUAAAUGAGCAAACCUUUCGGUCUCUUCGAUUCCAGCUCGUACAGCAGAGUGAAAAAGCAGGCCAAGCUUUGCGUGGCUUUCGAACGGAGAUCAUACAUCUGUGCGUACUUUCUAAAGCCAUUUCGAAAUUCACGGUGUGAAUUUUGUUUGCGAUCGUUUAGCACACGCAGACGUUGAACCAUGGUUUACAGACUGAAAGUUUGAUACGAGAUUCUCAUAAGCUGCACCGUUUGUGUUGUGUAAGAAUAGUGGGCACCUGUCCACAGCAAACCUCUGCCAGGCAGUUAGUCCUGAUGCAGUAAGGACAAAGUAAUGGGAACCACAAACUUUUUGAUACAAUGCUUUCCUCAGCUGUAGUUUUGUCAGGAAUAGCUGCUUUAACAGUAUUAUAUUUUUUUGCAACAUGCAGCUUGGAGAAAGUAUUAAUUUAAAAAAUCAGUUUGUAUUGAAAACGAUUGUGGUUGUCCUUGGAAAUGGUUCAGUCGAGCUCAGCAGAAGUCCUACACUUCUAACCAUCGACUGACUGAAUGAUGGUUAGCAUGUGGAAUAAUAGGUCUUUGCGCAUAUGACCGGAUUUUGAAUAAUAAUGGGAAAUUAUGCAGCUAGUGCUUGGCCUGCUUUUUCGGUUAUGCAUCUGUCGAAGGGCUUAAUCCAUCACUUUACUGGUAGACACACAGAUACUGAUACAAACUUGUAGCGACCUUGCGUGUGAGGUGAAAUGUAAAUAUUUAGACACACAUGCAGUGACACGUACACACACACACACACAUUGAUUGGUAUAGGAGUGAAGUCGCACACAGACACACACACUGAUCGGUAUAGGAGUGAAGUCGCACACAGACACACACUGAUCGGUAUAGGAGUGAAGUCACGCACAGACACACACUAAUUGAUAUAGGAGUGAAGUCUCACACAGACACACACACACAUGCACAUACCGUGACACAUUGAUGAGCUGUAUCCACAGUAUGGUCACUCUGCAUUUAGUUACUUGCAAUUUUAGACAUUUUUAAACAUGUGAUUCUGUCUUGAUUCUGCAAAGGAAUCAUUUCUCCCUCCCAAUCGAUCACUUUUUCCUUUUUAAAAAUUUAAAAUGUUUUAUUUUAUUUUAUUGGUCUUUUGCGCCCUGUCGUUCCACUGCCCUACCCAAGUUAAUCAUUUGUAUGUGAUAACUCAGAAUAAUUAAUGAUGGUAAUAUUAAUAGUUCAUUUUAGUGAAAGUUAAACAGUAAACAGUAGUAGCUAAAAUCUUUGUUCUUGGAGUACAUAAACAAAGCCAGCAGGUGGCGUAUGGUGAAUGUGCCCCAUAGCUUUCUCUCCCAGUUUGUGAUUGCAAUUUCCAGUUUAUACUGAGAAGGAUUACUCUGUAGAUGAGUAGUCCAUUCUAGAUCUAGAAGAUUCACACUCGAAGAACACAUACACACACACGUGCACACACAAAUACUCUUAUACGUAAUCACACUAACGAAUACAUACAUUCUCAUUGAUACAUUGAUCACACACACAGCCCCGACAAACAAAUGCACUGAUACAAUUAAACUCCAGUCAAAAUGUAAAAUUUUAUGUGUUUUGUGUUGCUUUAUGAACUUACAGCACAGUUGUGAAUUUACAAUCCUUCAUGCAAGUGCCUGCUACAAACCACAAAACAUACAAAAUUUCAGUUUUGACAUGGGGUUCUCUUUAAUACACCUACUUUAAUAGCGAUAGUAAGUAUACAAGCUCCCGGAUAAAUACCGAUAUGCUUUUUGUUAAGGUAAAUGCUUGUAAAUGUCACCAAGAUUAAAUCCUUUUACCACCUUUUUCACCUUUGCUCUCACCAUCUCCGCCCCUGCUAAAGUUCUCUUACCGCAUCAGCCACGUGCACACUGUCUCUUCCCAUUCUCUCAUUCCCGCAAAAGCGAUGACGGUAACAAGAUGACAACAGUGGAGUUGCUGAUGGAUCAAGUCUGUUACUGUAGCUUACGGCCAGGCUCUGAUUAAGAUAAAAUAUUCGAAACACGAGUGAGAGAAAUCCUAAACUUUGUAACAGUAUCAUUUUUCUAAAUGUGCAGAUGUUUUUUCUUACUAUUUUUAAUGGUGUUGCUACUGCUAAUCCUUUUACCGUUGCUACUUUUUGGUGUUGAAAUAUGCGUAGUGGAACUGAACAUUUUUAAACUAACGAUUGCAAUGUUCCCUAUAUUUUGUAUUAAAUUGUGUUUAGUACCACUUCACCUAAAUGACAUAACUCAGACUCACAAUUUCAUUAAGAACCAAUUUUUGCAUUUUGACGUUUAUUUCCAGUUCCGUUUGAUCUAAGUAUUUAUGUACAAACAUACUUAAAUCUUCAACUGCCCAUCAGCCUUUGCUGAAGGCACAGUAAUGUCCCAAAGAAUAUCACGACCACAUACUGAAUGUCCCGAUUGUUCAUUCUGAGUUAAUUUGACAGCUAAGAAUAUUUGCAUCUUAUUACAUGCAUGGUCAUUUGACACCAAGCGGUCACAACUGUCCUAAAACAGGCCACAAAUCAUGGUAUUGGAGAUCUGUUCUUCUGGCUUCAACAACAUAAUGUUGAAUGUUUUAAUGGUCUCCUUUGAGCUGUCAUGGAUUACGAUUUCUUUUAUUAACAAACAAGUCCCUCCAAGUAUAUUUGAACAAAAUUGUCAACUUUCAAUUUAACCACAAACAUUGACUGUUUUGUAAUUGCAUUCCAGCUUAGAUUCACUGUCUUUGUGUGUGUGUUGGUUCCAGUGUUUGAAAUUCAAAUAGGUGAAGUUGCUUUAGUUUUUCCCCCAUUGUAUCCCAGCUUAAAAACCCUUCACUUCACUUGCUAUCUCAUUAUGUAAUGGUUAUGUGUUCUAGCCCUAAACUAAAAAUUGAUACUGCUUUUACUAAUAUGCUGUUUGUUUUUUUAACUGACUUGACCCUUUUGUUUGUCAGUCACGAUAGGCACCAGUCCAUUUUUAGAAGACAUCAGGUCCCUGAGUUUAGUCAUUGAUAAAUCCAUCAAAAUGCACUGGACCACUCAAAAAGACUUGUGCAGUGAAGGGUACAUCAUCAUUAGCGUUAUUAUAAUUAUGUCAGCUGUUAUUGUUAUGACCGUUAUUAAUCAUUUGUCUCAUUGUUAGCAACAAAAAAAGCACCAGAUUGUUUUGGAGAGAUUUUUUCUUCUUUUAGUCGUUUUGCUGUUGUGGUCCUGAUAUCACAACGAGUGAGCUGAACCGAGAACGAGAAGAUGGUGAAAGAACUGGGCCAGUUUGCAGUCGAGUCUGUGCAGUUGGAAAUGACUUACAGUGCUGAAAUAAAAUCUAUUCUUUUAGUAAAAA